GCAGUUGGUGUCUUGUCUUUCGCCCGCGUGCUUGUGGUGUUUACUGCUGAAACCACAUGUCAACUAAACCGUGGAGCACCACUAUCGGGUUUUUAACCAACUGUCACACUAGAGUUCGGAAGAUAACAGCCAGUAUUCAACUAGUAUUACUUUUCCAAACAUGUCGCCAUAGCAGUGAUUUUUUUUCUGGCGCGCAUCGCAAGCUUAGUGGCGAUUGCAUGGGCGUCUCUGUCUGUGUCUGCGUUGUCGACGUGCCUUCUUCCCUCCGGAACGAGGAGCGAAACCACGGUUGGUAGCAGUAACCCGAUGACAUCAGAAUAUCGAAACAGACUACAUGAAGGCUAACGCAUCGUCACCGUUUAUCCUUUGAGCCGAUCGCACGACUGGUGUCCGAUGCUGCCCGUGGGCGCAGAUGGGCAAGCUGCAGCGAAGAUAUUCUCUUGGUCCUCGCCCAGCGUCGGGACGCCGGCGUCAUCUAGAAGACGUAGCAGAGGAAAGAGCUUCCGGAAACUGAUUAUCGGAAUGAUACGAGAUUGGCUGAGACGCGCGGCAGUGGGAUAUCGCAUGACCGCAUCCGAUAGCGUGUGUGAAGAUCGUGACACUCGCUAGAGCUGUGAUUUAAACGCGGGUGGAAUAUCUACUUCUUAAUCUAAGUACCUGUUAGAAACGCAGUGCAUGCGAUCCACAAUGAAUAUCUAUGAGCAACGUGCAGGCUGAACGCAGAGUUGUAAUCGAGGUGUUGAUCUGACACAAAGCUAUUACUUUAUGCACACGCAUGGAGAGACAUUUGAGAUGUGUGACAUGGUGACCCGGCUCUGCGGUAUUGCUGGGGAGCAGUGAUUUCUGAUAGUCAUGCUUGCCUCGCCUUAUUUCGGUGACUGCUGUUGUUCCGCGAUGUGCUUGAUUGUGUGCGUGCUGACGGAAGCCUAGAAUCGCACGAAAGUCGCAAGAAAGGGAUCGCCGACGUUUUCUCAAAGAUGAGAUAUUGUUAGGUCCGUUGCUGUGCGUACAUUAGCGGUCUUACACGUUGGGGAAUACAUGUGGACAUUGCAAGUGUGUAUAACGAGUGCAUGCUACGGAAUUCCUAUUGGCACCAAGAUUUUUAUACCGGUUCCUUAUAUAAGUUGAAAAAUUCAAGGAGUAAUCACAAUGGUUCGCUUAGCCAUCCUAGAAGAACGGCAUAGCCACAAAAUGAAGCUGAUAGAGACAGACGGGAAGGUAAACAAUUGGAUCGACGCCACCGAGCCGGAAACGGGCAACUGGAUGAAGUUCGUGAGAAGCGCUAAAGCUGUGGAGGAACAGAACGUGAUGGCUGUCCAGGUGGAAUCACAGGUCUAUUACAAAGCAAUAAAGGACAUAGAAGCUGGCGAAGAGAUGUUGCUGUACGAGAGAGAUGCUGUCUACCCAGGGAGUGAGCUGGAGAACCUACCCGUAGAUGAAGACGACAAUACGUACCAGUGCGCAUGUGGCGAGAUUUUCUGCUCAAAGGUGGCCCUGCGCAAGCAUGAAGCGUAUGACUGCGACAACAAUGAUGCCAUCUACCACAGCAGAAGAGAGUCGCACCCCAGUCAGAUGGAUAGUGGUGAUUGCCAGCCCGAGUUCCAGUGCAUGGACUGUGAGGUGGAUUUUCCUGAUGAGGAAAGGUAUGAGGAACACAUGAAAGCCCACAGUAGCGAGCGCGAGUACGAGUGCGACAUAUGCUCACGGUCCUUCAACUGGAAGUCAAACUUCAUCCGUCACCAGGGGUCACACAUGGAGUCUCAAGGUUUCGCCUGCGAGAACUGUGACAAGGCAGGUUGCCUUUCCUGUGAUUCUACUUCCGAUUCGAUGGUAUUCACUGACGCUAGUAAUCUGCAGAGGCACAUCCGCACGCAGCAUGUGGGAGCGCGCUCGCAUACAUGUCUGGAAUGUGGCAAGGCGUUUGCCACGUCCAGUGGACUGAAGCAACACACUCACAUACACAGCAGCGUGAAACCUUUCCAGUGUGAGGUGUGUCUGAAGGCAUACACACAGUUCUCCAAUCUCUGUCGUCACAAGCGCAUGCAUGCUGACUGCCGCACCCGCAUCAAGUGCAAAGACUGCGGCCAGUCCUUCUCCACGGUGACGUCGCUUAGCAAGCACAAGCGCUUCUGUGAGGGGGCGCUGCGCCAUGGACUUCCGCCAUACUUCCCCGGCGUUCCAUCGUCUGAGAAGUCUCCGAUUGGUGGGCCACCCUCUACAUCACAUCCCUACCCUAAUCUUUAUGGGAUCCGUCCAAACUUUCCCCUGUUCCCAAUGGGUUAUCCGUUCAUGCCACCUCACAUGCUACAUUUCCCAUCACCGUUGGCCUCACCACCGCAGUUUAUCAAGCCAGCAACGUCUACCCUUAGCCCAGGAAGCGAGGAUGAGCGAAGCAGUCAGCAACUGAAGGUCAUGAAACAGGAGCGGCAAGGAAGCGAUGGAUCUGACGUCAGCGAGCUGUCAUAUCUGAGCUCUCCAGGUGGCAGCAGUGUAGUCACCAGCGAGGGAUCUGAUGGCGAUAGCGAGAUUGAGCCGCGGGAAAGGAGGGUCGACGACAUGAUGCCCGCACCGCUGCUAACGCAGGCCCUGCUACAGAAACGAUCUGCCUGGGCGAGCAUUACAUCCACGCCUCAUUCUGGCAAUGGUCGCUUGUCACCGCACAGGAGAGACGGGGGCAGCCCACCGGAAUCUGAGGAAUCUCCCCUUGAUCUGAGUGUGAAGAAGCCGUCCUUCUCUCAGGAGCAACACAAGACGCACAUCUUUGGGAGCAAGCAUUUGAACGUAGAGGAGGCACUCCCUGUGAAGCCGGUCGCUCCUCCUCCGCAGCCUCCGGCAGCUCGCUCAUCGGUCGAACAGUUUCUGAGGCCGGAGAGCAGCCAGACGGUCGCACCCAGCAUGUCCAUUCCCAGUCUGUCCCCUGGUGGUCUGGCUGGACUUCAGUUCCCGGGCAGGUUCCCGUUUGCACCGCGGUUCCCUUUUCCCAACCCGGCACUGAUGAACAUCAACAACAUCAACUUGGAGAUGCUGCGCAAACAGUUUGAGAUUAACAGACCACCGAUGAUGUCAGAUGCGAUGCGUUUUCCUGAAAGGCCCAUGCAGUUUCCGCCCUAUGCCAUAAAUGGCGCUAAGCAGAAGGAGCGUUACGCCUGCAAGUAUUGCGGCAAGAUUUUCCCGCGGUCAGCUAACCUCACUCGUCACCUGCGCACUCACACGGGGGAGCAGCCCUACAAGUGCAAGUACUGCGAGCGAUCGUUCAGCAUCUCCUCCAAUCUACAGCGCCACGUCAGGAACAUCCACAACAAGGAGAAGCCGUUCAAGUGUCCGCUGUGUGAUCGCUGCUUUGGCCAGCAGACGAAUCUUGACCGGCAUCUGAAGAAGCACGAGACGGAGGGUUCGGAUUUCGCAGGCACCUCGCCCGACUCAAACCUCGACGAGAAAGACGAGAGCUAUUUCACGGAAAUUCGCAACUUCAUCGGCAAGGUGACGGAGAAGGACCAGGAGGCACACAGUAAUCUCGACACAAACUUCUCACUCACUGACCAGAUCGAGAAGAAAGCCUUAAUUAACCGCAUGUCUAGUCCCGAGAGAGAUACCGAGACGAUGUCAGUCGACACUAACUCGAAUAACGAGGAUGAAGAAGUGGGACGAGCUGCAAAACGAUCUCGAACUGAUGAGAGCGAUGAAAAAUCCACGAACCAGCCGUUGCUACCUGACCGCAGAGAUGAUGAUCACUCGUUACUAACAGGAUCAGUAGAACUGCGUCCCAGUCCUAUUGGCAAGGCAGUCCCGGACAGCAAUGCAGCAACAGAACCGCUCAGCCACAGCAACAACCACUCCACCGAGAAGCCUCGCCUACAACAGCUGAAGGGUUGUGGGUCAAUUUACGAACUCGUUGGCAAGGCAACAGCUUGCACUAUCUGCCAGAAAGAGUUCGCCUCAACAGCAAAGCUAUAUGUCCAUCUGCGAGACAUGCAUAAUGAUCUGUGUAAGCCAUACCAAUUCUACGAUGGCGUUGCCUCCAAGCUGAGGAAUGGUACUGACAGCAUACAGAAUGGAAUUGCCAAUAAGGAAGUUAGUGCAUAACAAUGCCAGUGGGCAAAACGCUAUUCAGUGGAAUUGAGCGCGACUUUUAAUACCCGAUAGCUGCACAUGCUUCAUUUUAGUAUAUUUUGUCAGGAAAAAAUAAGAUUAUCAUUAUGUGAAUGCAGUGCACCUAUUGCACCCACCAAUGAACGAUGUGCGUGUGCGUGUGUGUGUUUGUGUGCGUGCGUGCGUGCGUGCGUGCGUGCGUGUGUGUGUAUAUACGCGUGAAUGUUUACUUGUUUGACGGCAUUUCACUAAUCGAUCCUGAUUAUGUACCAUGUUUUGGGGCGAGGGGGUUUUUCAGGGCGAAGUCUACACUAUAAUGUUAAGUAGCGUAAUCGAGAUCGAGGUGAUUGCCAAACCUCACACAUACGUGCAGUUAGCUCCCUUUUUAACUUCAUCCCCUCUGUUUGUCUCAGAGCAUUUGCCACAUUUCGUUUACUGUGGUUUAAAAAAAUCUACUUCGGUGAAAAAAUGGCCUUUUACACGCAACGAAUAUUAAUAUCUCGUCGUACCUUUUUUAGGAAGGAGAGCACACAUCAUCACAGUUUUAUCAGUUGUCCAGUUGGUAAAAGGUCUAGUCUAUCAUAAUCACCGCAUUUCGUUCAUUGGCUACGCACGUCAUUCUGUCAUUCUGUUCCUUCAUUAUAUAGGUUAUAUCGGUUAUAUAGUCUUAUAUUCGUAACAAUAGCAUUCAAGGUCCUGUAUACUGUAGUUGUAUGUAUUGUGUUGGACCAGGUUGUUGUGUUCAACAAUAUGACCUUGUAAUUCUCGUGACAGACGCGUCAGAAUUUAAUAGCGAUAGUUUUGUUUAUUAUUCAGUAUUGAUAUAUAGGUCAUAUAGAAAUCAGUUUGCAUACCAUUUUACGCAUGGAAAUUGUUUGCAAUCAUAUGAAUCUGGUUUGCCACUGUUAUUAUGUCAGAUGAACAUUAAUAUAUCGUUCACAUACGUGAAGGUGGAUACUGUCAACUCUUGUUUGAAGCGACCGCCGUGUUGCAUUGUAUGUUCUCAUAUAAUAAUUAAUAGAUUACGUCUCACGAUCAUAAUAUUGCUGGACCGAGUUCACACGCCAGUCGUUUUUAUGUGUAUAGAUAUAUUCAUGAAGAUAUAAUGCUUAGUUGUUUGUGAGGUUAAUUACUUAUAUCGCGGAUCCACUAUGCCGAUGUUGUAUACACGAUAUUUAUGUACUGGUGUUGCACAUGACCAUUGUAUAUUUCCUUGUCGUUUUUCUGGUUUAAUAUAUAAAUCAUAAUAUUUAUGCCAUGUCAGCUUUGUUACCAAUUCAUUGUAAGUCACUUGGAAAAUAUAUUGUUAAUCAAUAUUUAAA